AUGGAUCACAUCUCGAACAAUCGUUUCUACAUGCAAUACCAAUCCUGUCCUCCGGGCGCCUUCGGUGGCGCCUCGUUUCCGUCCCAGCUCACCAAUUUCAGCCUGCACACAUUCAAUGGUGAUGAAGAGCUCACACAAGGGCCAGAUAUUGUCAAAAAUGUUCAGUUGCUGCUCGAUGCAGGCCUGGACCUGCGCACAAUUUUCAAACUGCGGCAAAUCAAAUAUCGAAAUGCCCUGAACAUACUAGCCGACGCAGAAGACGACGAGCUUUGUACCACGUGCGAACAUGCUGGGCUUACGCAGCCCCGACAACUACCUCAGCAGAUCAGAGCGCGACUGUCACAAGGCUCCUCUGUCUACCCUCACUCUCGAGUCCCCAGCCUGAUUUCCGAUCGAUCCGGCAUCAGGUCUUCUGGCAUCCUCAGCACACCUGUCCAAGAUCUUCCUCCCUCCAGACUUGGGUAUGCUAGUGAUAUGUCACCCAUGGCUACACAGUGGGCCUGGGGAGAUGAGAUGUCUUGUGUAUCUACCAAGUGCAUUCAGGACUCAACCAUGGACUAUUUGACAAGUGGCGAGGAACAACAGUGUUAUCCACUGGAUCCACCAUGCGUCAAUGAUGUGGGCGCCGCUUACUCGCAGCGGCAGUAUGGCAUUUCCGCAGCCAUGCCAGCUAAAGUCGAGUUGGCUUUCCGUGCCCCAGCUGCAAAUGGAUCUAUCCCACAGAUUGGAGGUGAACAAGGCUUUGUAUUCACGGAAACUACGAUUCGAGCCCCCUUUAUCGCCGAACAAAACCCAACACAGGACCAGAAUGGGGUGAAAAAGUCUAGAUUUCCAUGUCCAGUGCAAGAUUGUCAGAAGGAUUUCUCCAGCCCCAAAGAAUUUGCAAAACACUUGAUCGGAGACCACGACAGGGACUCCAAGUUCAGCUGCAACCAUCUCAACUGCGCAUUUUGGUCACAUCGCCUCGCCUCCUGCAAAAGACACCACAGUAAUGCCCACAGCGAUUGCCAAGUGACUAAGGAUUGUACACACGUCAAUCGCCUGAGAGUCAAGAAACACUGGGCCUGUGGCUUGUGCCUCAAUUUGGAGGUUGGCGUGCAUGAAUUUGCCACCCACUACAAGAGCCAUUUCGAAUACGACGACAUCCAGAAGAGCGACAUCCGCGUCUCUAACAUCAUCCGCAGCCUGCUCAUGCAGGAUGCCACCAAGGACAAAUGGGAGAGGCUCAACAUUGACUGGUACUAUCCGCUGUCCUGGGAUGGAAAAGACGUGGCGGAAAUCCGCGAAGCACUCGAGUACGAAACCUACAGGGCGUCCACGUUCGAUGUGCCUGGUGUCGUCGAUAGACUUCUUGAGGAGGUGAUUGCUUGUGGCACCCACAGUGGGUGA